GUAACAUCAAGAUGUUCAGGGAACUACCUUUCUUCUUUGUGAUCACUUUCCUAACCAAAGUAAAUGUGAAAAUUGGGAAAAAGUCCAGGGUGAAGGGCUAGUGACGCAGGGGCUCCAAUGGUCAGAUGAAUGAGGUGAGAGAAGUGAUGAGGAGUGCUGAACAAACACGACGAAUCCAGAUAACGGCCAACUGAACACGAAACAGGGACAACGAAGGAACUGGACUGGAACUCAGAGGGAUCAACAACACCGGACAUCACAAACAAACGAUCUGACAAAGGAGAUGAGAAAGUGGUGAGUAUUAAAAGGGAAAUGGAAUGAGUUACAGCUGGUGAAGAGGAGUGAUUGCAGCUGAUCGCUGAUCAAGGUAACGAGUCGUCACGCCCACACAUCCACGCACACACACACACAUAUAAUAAACAAAGCACGACACAAGGAAGAGACAUAGGAUUUAAAAACCGUGACAAGUAUUCCAUAUGACUCUAGUGGUUAAAUUAAUGUCUUCAAAAGACCUGGUCAAUAAAUCUACACUUUAAAUUUCACAUUCUUAUUUUGUUUUUGGUGAUUCACAUUCUUUUUGCAUAUGCCCCCUACAGGGUAGGGAGAAUUUCUACCAAACAAGGGACUUAAAUAUUGGUCUGUUUCUCACCCACACCUAUCAUAUCAAUUCUGAAGAUAGAGAUUUAACCACUGGAAUCAUAUGGAUUACUUUUAAGCUGACUUUAUGUGCUUUUUUGUAACAUUACAAUUUUGGCAACCAUUCAAUUGCAUUGUGAGGAUCUACAGAGCAGAAAUAUUCUUCUUAAAAUCAUCAUUUGUGUUCUGCAGAAGAAAGUCAUACACAUCUUUGAUGGCAUGACGUUUUUACAACCGAUCUUACAUCUUUUCCAGGGUGUGACUGCCAACUGGAUGUGUGUGGUAGAGCCCCUCUCAACACAAGGAUAGUGGGGGGACAGAAUGCCCCUGAUGGUGCGUGGCCAUGGCAGGCAAGUCUUCAUAAUGUCCAUGGUCAUUUCUGUGGUGGAUCCCUUAUUAACAAAGAAUGGAUUCUGACAGCAGCUCACUGCUUUCCAGGGUUUUUCUUAUCCCUCUUUUCAGUAACCCUGAUCCUUCAGCCUUUACGGUGUAUCUGGGCCGAGAGAGUCAGGAACAAUCCAAUCUAAACGAGGUGUCCAGAUCUGUCUCUCAAGUCAUAACGCAUCCACAAUAUGAUGAAUCCACUCAUGACAAUGAUAUGUCUCUGCUUCACCUCUCCUCACCUGUGAAUUUCACUGCAUACGUCAAACCAGUCUGUCUGGCAGCAGAGGGAAGCACAUUCAACAAUGGCUCUGACAUGUGGGUUACAGGCUGGGGAGACAUUAGUUCAAGUGUAUCCCUUCCUUCACCUCAAAACUUGCAGGAUGUGCGUGUGCCUGUAGUUGGUAACAGGCAGUGUGAUUGCCUUUAUAGAAAUGCACAGAUAACAGACAACAUGAUGUGCGCUGGACUGUUGGAGGGUGGAAAAGAUUCAUGCCAGGGUGACUCUGGAGGUCCAAUGGUCAUCAAACAGGGCUCUGUUUGGAUUCAGGCCGGUGUUGUGAGUUGGGGUUAUGGUUGUGCUUUGCCUCAGUACCCUGGUGUAUAUGCCAGAGUUUCUAACUACCAGUCGUGGAUCAGCGGGUACACCACAACAAAUGAGGCUGGUUUCAUCAGUUUUACCUCCAGCUUCCCUGAGGAGGAUGAGAAUGUGACCUGUAGCACACCAGCAAAAUUGUGUGGAGGAAAUAAUAACAGAUCUGUAUGGCCAUGGAUGGCUAGUCUAAAGUAUUACGGUGAGCAUGCGUGCAUAGGAACUUUGGUCUCUCCUUAUUUUGUCAUGACCACUGCUAGCUGCUUUUCCAGAUCCAUGAAUCAGUAUGCAUGGACAGUGGUCCUCGGGUUUGACCCAUGGGACUGCUCCAACAGCCUGGAGGUGUCUGUUGGCGUGGCAAAUAUCAUUUAUGACUUUCCUGCAGGCAACAAUGUGGCACUUGUCGAACUGACUAGUCCACCAAUACUCUCCGAUUACAUUGACCUUGUAACGGUCGACAUAUAUAAUUUACAUUUUGGCCCUGGUACUCAAUGUACGGUGGUUGGUUGGAACUCUGGAAAUGGCACAUCUGUACCAUUUCUUCAGGAAUUUCAGACAAGCAUUGUAGACUGUGGUCUUUCAAAUGAUUCUUCAAUCCACACCUGCACAGAGCCUUUGAGCUUACAGCAGGAUGAUGAAGGCAGUCCUCUGCUGUGUAAAAUGGAUGGCACAUGGUUUCAGACUGGUCUUUUGUCUUUGAACCACAGCAGUGGCUUCAACCCGCAAUCCAAUGGCACGGCAGACCAUCCACAAGUCUUCAUCAGAAUCACUCCCAUAAAUUCAUUCCUGACUGACACUCUCUUCAAUGUUAUGACUAUUUUCUCUGGGGCAAAGUCUUACUCACCCCUCUCUCUUAUAUGCAUCCUUCUGCUCUCCCUCUCAGCACACCUUCAAGCCUUUUAUUGAAGCUAUGGUUAGUUUAUCAGUGACUAACCACUGACACACUCUGUAAAAGAAUUGCUAUAAAUGUAUUACCAAAUUCCAACAGCAAUCUACUGUGAUUCUUAAAUACAAUAGUUUGCUGUUAAAAAUGUUGCAUUCUGGGGAUCAAGAGCAGGGUCACUGUGAAGUGACUAGUUUACAGUAAAUAGCUGUUGUUUGCAAGGAAUUAGGGGAAAAUGAACAUUCAAAAUCAUGAUAUCAUUUUGGUGAAAGCUAGUGGCAUUUUGAAAUUUAUAUUUUAACCCCAUGAAAAUAUUUGUUUGUGGCACAUGGUUAGUGUUCAUAAUGUUUCUGACUAACUCCUCCAUUCUUUAUCAUCUCACAUCAGCCUUGACUUGUCUGUCUAACGAGAAGUCAAAUAAAAAAGUAUAAAUCAACCUUUGAAGCAAUGCACAUACUGUAAAAUUUUGCCUGGAUUGAACAGUUUAUAUUUUAUGAAUAAUAAAAAUUAAAAAAAAGGAACCUUUUAAAAUAACAGUAUAGCACUGCAUUGUGGGUUAUUAUGGUGAAAUACCCAUGAGCCUUUGUACUUGAAUAAGUAUGUAUGCUUUGGCAUUGUAUUUGGGCCAAAUAAAAUUAAAUUGUAAAAACAUUGUUUAAAAAAAGUAAAAAAAAUAUAAAAAAAGUUUUUAUUCACACUUAAUAGAAGUCUUAGUUUCAUUUAGUGUUGUUUAUUUAGUGGUGAUUAGUGAUCUCUUAAGCUGUCACCUUGGACCUCAAACUCACUCACUCUCACAGUUUCUCUCACAUGCUCUCUCUCACUCACUCACUGCAGCUUCCAGUCGGCCUUUUUCCCUCUCUGAGGCUUGAUUAGCCUGAUCCUGGGCCAGGAAUCCGGAAUCACGACCGGCCCCGCCCUCCGCCCUGUCACAGUGUGUGGAAUCACGAUCGGCCCCGCCCUCCGCCCAGUCACAGUGAUGCAUUAUACAUAAAUGCAAAAACAAUUAAUUAUAUUUCAGCAAAAUUAUAUUACCAAAAUGAGUGUUGGAUAUUUUUUAUGAACUUACAGCAUAACCCUACUUUUCUUUAAAAAAAAAGAAAAAGUUCCAGUGAGUUCCAGUGAUGCACUUACAAGUGAAUGGGGGCCAAUUCGUAAACAUUAAAGUACUCACUGUUUCAAAAGUAUAGCCACAAGACAUAAACAGUAUGUGUGUUAACAUAAUUUUAGUGUGAUAAAACACCGGCCGAAUGGUCUGUGAUAAGCUAAAAUGGGCCACCGCGUUAUGCAGAACGGAACACAAAACGGCACCGCGAUAUGCAGAAAAGGACAGCGUUGUUUUUUAAAAAUGUUUUGCCAUCAUUACAGUAGAAGUAUUAGAGGAAAGAUCUUAUAAUAUAUAUUUUAUAAUA